GGCUCCAAAUCAGCUCCCGGAUAAUUGUUUUGAAACAGAGCAGCAGCUCAGUCAGUCUGCUGACAACUGAGAAACAAACCAACAACCAUCACCAGCAUCACAAACAAGGUGUCCUUCCAAUCAAAAAGGUUGAUGUCAUGAAGUUCCUUAGUGUCCCUACAUAACAGUGUCCCAAAGGGUGUCCUCAGAGGAAAUUAUCGUCAGUGAUGUAUAGAAAAUGCACACCUAGGUGAUAGAAAUUAAUUGAACAAUAAUGUGUGGAGGUCCAGAUAGAGGUCCACGUGUAAUUCAGUCCACAGGACUGCCUCUGGCCCCAGGUCACAUUUUGUACAUGUCUAUCUUAAGUGUACACCAGUGCACAUUAGGUGCCCUUUACAUUCUAAGUUCUACAGUGAUAUUUAUACAAUAAUUAUACAAAAAAAGCAGUCUGGCAUUGUUAAAGUAACCCUAAACAAAGCCUUGACUCUGAGCGUUACGUUAACACUUAAUGAGUUUAAUUUAACACAAAGCAUGAUUUAUCUUGUCCUAGAUCAGAACUGGUGUUAGUUUGACGCUUGUACUGUUACUUUCACACUGCGAUUUACUGUGUAGAAGACGAAGAAGACAGGGAACAUCGUCCCUUCUGAGGUGAAACAGGUGACGUUACCAGUUAACACAUGUUUCAUUUCACAAUCGCCCUCAGUGAUUAGCGUCCAGUUACCAUGGAAAACGCCGGCUCUGCUUCGGAGACGUUUGUUUUAGUUAUCUAAAUCAGUGCUGUCGGUCGCUGAAGUUAAACUCGCCUAGCCCCGCCCGUCUGAAAAACGCAAGUACUUUCACCAAGCAAGUCUUAUCAACGAGCACUUUUCCCACAAAUUGUUCUUACAGGUAGAUUUUCUCUUUAGGUACACACGAUUACACACUCUUUCUUAUUCCACCCACCCUCGCGGUCACUCCUAACUUAUUUACAACAACAUAUCAACCAAACCGUUUGGUUAGUUUACGCUGACAUGAAGUUCAGUUUCAUCGCAGCCUGUAAGACUUCGCGCAGGGUACAGCAAACACACAGCAAAGCUCCGCUGGUGACUUUGGAGGGUGAUGUAGCUCGACUGGCUGUGCUGUAGAGCAGCCUACAGAGCUGCACACUAAUUAGCUCUACCGCGAUGUUUGUCCGCGACAUGGAUUGCCGAUAAACUCAUAGGUUGUGGUUGUACGAGUUGUCAGGGCGUAAUGAGUCGUAAGCAUCCGUACAAUCGCUGCAAACGGCGGGUAAAUGCGUUUACCAACUGCGGCUAGCUCGCCUGCGUUUAGCAAAUGUUAACCAAAAAGCAACAAACGCUUUCGGUCGUCAUGUUUGCACAGUCGUCCGAUGUGCACGCUUUACUUUCCCGCGGUGUCGCUUCUGCACUCGGUGCAGUGGUAACGGACGGGUAGGGUCCGCGUCAGCUCCAGCACCAUGACCCCCGCUCAGCAGUGAGCUAGCAGGCUGCUGUUAGCGGCUAACUUCGUAGGUGAUGCUAGCAGCGGACUCCGUCCACGCCGCCCGCUGUUGAAAACCACGUCCGUCCCAUGGAGCUUGAGUGUCGUUCGGCUUGCCGAAGAUGACGGGCCGCCUGAGCCGGGUUUUUGUGCCUCUGUCUGCAGGAGGCGGAACAUGGAAGCCGAGGAAGAGUGGAACAAAGAGCUGAGUGCGCACACACUGCUGGAUAAGAAAGUGCUCCGCAGGCAGAAUGGAGGGAUUGGUAUAGUGAGGACUCUUCACAGCCUGUUGAGAACCCAGAACACACUGCAGAUUCAGUCCAUCACCCGCUCAGAAUGUGCAGGCUCCUGUCCAAAUCUGAUGAUGAGUAGGAUUGAGCACACAGAUGCGAGGCCCAUCCCCGUGGCCCUCACCCCCCAGCUCCCCCCGAGAGCUCACAGGCCCCUCUGCGUGUCGGUCUCCUCCGACAGCAGUGGACGCUUCAAAGCUCUGGAGACGCAGGAGUGGAAGAACAACCUCAAAGCUCAGAUGGAGCAGGCCCACAGUGCAGGAGCCGCCAGCAGCACAGGUUCUCUAGAGCGAGCAUCCCUGUUCUGUGCUUCAGCUUCCACAACAGCGUCCAGCUCCGGCCUGUCCAGUCCGGUGGAGAACCUCAACAAGAGCAAAUCCUCCAGCCGCUUCUCUCUCUUCUCUCCACCCUGGAACAGCAGCUCUGAGUCUGACUCUAACCCACCGUCGCGUUCAGGCUCUAAGAAGUUGCGCAACUACAGCAGGAGAGCAGCCACUGGGCCGGCGGGAGCCAGAAGCCCUGAUACACCCGAGCCCAAAACCAGCGGCCCUGAACACUUCCAGUACUCUGAACCUGUCAUCUCUAAGGUGACGGACUACAUCUAUGUCGGCAACCUGAAUGCGGCAUACAACGGACGCACCCUGUGCCGCAACAACAUUGACAGCAUCAUCGACAUGAGCAGCGUGCCGGGAGAACCGGGGCCCAGCCUCAACCUCAUACCCUGCACCUGCUCCCGCGGCGCCCGCCACAGCUGGUCCCGUCUCAAGGUGGACAUUGAAGAUGUGCCGGACGCUCUGGGCGACGGCCCCGCCCUCAAGCAGCGCUGCUUCGAGGACAUCAACGAGUGCAUCGACGCCUCCACCGAGAAGAGGAAGCGCGUCCUUGUGCACUGUCGGGACGGGUUCUCGCUGGCUCCAACGUGCAUCAUCCAGUACCUGAUGGUGAGGCAGAACAUGAGGCUGAUUGCCGCCUACGAGCUGCUAAGGGCCAAGUACCCGGUCAACAUCAGGGAGUGUCACCAAAACGUGCUGGUGAGUCUGGAGAGGGCACUGCGUCCUGGGGGCAACGUUAACCCUGAGUGCUUCAAACAGGCCAUCUCUCGUAAGGUGGCGUGGACCUGACUUUGUUUUCAGACUUGCUCAGCUGCUGCUCAUGGAUUUACAUAUUUUCCUAAAAACAACAUGGGCAGCUGAACAUUCCCCCCCGUAGACUGAUCUAUUGGAUAUUAUCGUCCACACUUGAGUUCAGUAUCUGUAAAACUUGAUGUGUUUCCUCUUUAAACCUAUAAAUGUGAUGUGGCCGUGAUGCCCUAUCCCCCCCCGCCUCACACAACAGUAAACGCGAUAGACUUAACUCUAAUGUAUACAGCUUCAUGGUAAAACGAUGUAAUAGUGAUGGCUGUAUAGUCCUGCUUCAGUUCUGUGCCACGUCGUCAUGGUGAUGUUUUAUAUCAGGGGAAAUUCUUAACGGGAGCUCUCAGGAGAUGAUUGAUGUCAUUCCAGUACAGGGUGGGGAAAUUACUCAUUACACAAAAUUGCAGCUGCAUUCACACCUGGAAAUAAAAUGCAUCUUGGUGAGCUGCGUGUGGCAUUUAAAGAUAUUCUUGAGAUUUUUAAACAAUAGAGCAGAUUAGGUGUGAAGGAGGGAACGACUGAGGAGUAGAGAUACAGCAAAGGGCUGCAAGUCGGCAUUGAAACGUGGUCAUUGUAGAAGGCUGCAGCCUCAAGGUGGCCAGCUCCAACAGGUGAGAUAUUUGCUGCCCUUGUUUGUGGAAGUGAAAUCAAAAUACAAGUUGCAGCUCGAGAUGCAUUUUAGGAAUCUUUCAGGAAUGCACGAUAUUGGGUUUAAAAUGUAUUAUCGAAUAUCAGCAAACACACGAAGAUGCGCCGACUACUGACUGAAACAGUAGGAUUGUGCAAAGAAGUUAUUUUAUAUCCACAUCUGCUGCGACAUGAGUAUGAAAAAUAUUGUGUUCAUUUCACUACAGAAGAGAUUAAAUGACCUCUGCAGUUCGGCAAAAGGAAAGACAUAUUGGUCAUCAGCCCAAGCACUCUCGAUAUAUCGGCAAAAAUCCAAUAUCGUGCAUCCCUAAUUGUUUCCAGGGGUGAACUUCGAUCCAUAUCAUAUAUUCGAACAUAUUAUCAUAUGUUCGAGGCUUGAUUUUCUUCCUAAAUCAUCUGUUGUGCUGGUUAGUUGUUUGUAGUCGGUGGGUUAAAAAGGUUUAAAUUCUGACCCUUUUUUGUAAAAAAACAAAACAAACAAACCUGCCCCUCUGAAGGACUUGAUGUGCGAGUUGUCACCACUGGAUACAUCACCACUAACUGGAUAUUAUCACUGAUUAAUCGGCUUCUAUCGCAAGAGGGAACUUUGCACACAGACACACAAUUUAUACCACUAGGCUUCUGUUGAUUGUGACCUUUUGUUUUAACGCCGCUGCGUGUUUUUUCCUGAGGUCAUACUCGACGGAAGAUGGACGUUUUUCGACCUCUCCUCUGUGAGGAAGACUGUAGCUCCCAUCUUCAGCCACAGUUUGUUCGAGUCAGUCUCUGGUGGUGCUCGGACUGUGGCUUUGUGAAUUUGAACUUCAGUGUAUGCAGUGAGGCUGGGUGUUGUGCAUCUCUGUGAAUUUUUCAGUAUUAGUGUAUCGGUGCCACUGAACUGCAAUUCAGGGUUUUUACACUGCGGGAGAUGAUUUUUGCACUACUCACAGGGUUGUUCAAUGCAAGCAUUGCCUUUUUUAUUAUUUUAAUAUUGUUUAAUUGUUUCUUUUUUUUUUAAAUAUCUGUUUAACAGCAUUUUUACAUGCGCCUAAAACUCCUAAAACACAUUUAAGAUACGGGCAUAUUUAAAAUUGUUUACAUUCCCCAAAUAGAUAUAGAUUACCAAAAUCCUAUAUUCAGUUAUCCAUAACUGGCCUAAGAAAACCAAGGUGUGACAUUUUUUUAUAACCUAAGGAUUGUCUGAUAAUCAUAUGAUGAGUGUGUGUGUGUGUGUGGGUACAUGAGUAUGCAUCCUUGACGAUAUAAUUUGGCGGGGAAUAAAAAUAAAUCAAGUUAUUGAACGCACUCAUCGGUUAAGCUCUAAUCACAUCUGCACUGGUUCAUGGUCCUUGUCUCCUGCACGUUUAAUGAAUUAAGAGCUGCAUUUCUGUCGUCAUCCUGUGAUUUUCUGGACCGUAUCAUUUGCAGAGAUUGGCAUUUAUUGUAGUUUUAUGCAUCGAAAACGUGCAAGCCAGAACGGUUAAAAAGAGGUAUGCAAACUAAAGUUAAAUUAAAGUUUUGUUUCUUUGAUUUUUUUUGUUGUUUUUCAACAGGUUAGACUCUGACUGCUCUUGUACAACAUCUUUAAAUUGUUUCAUCACCAAACCUGAAAGCAGAUUAUUUCUUUGCUCGAAACUGGAGCCACUUUCUUCGCAACAGUUGACUAAAGCAGAUUAAUACAGAUGGUUAUUUCAUGACUUGAUGACUCAUCAAAGCUAAAGUUGUUUUACCAUAGUACAAAUCAGGUGUGAUUCAAGGAGUUCGACUGAAUUUGUCCGUUAAUCAUUUCUGCUCCUGAAAAUUCGCCUCUUGCACACAUUUCUGUCACGUUCCGAAUGCUAAAACUGUGACAUCCCACCUUUUCACUUUCAAAAGUUUCUCUCUGCUCGGCUAACAAUUUGCCUCCCCCCCUUUUUAAAUGUGUUUACGUCUUCCUCAGUCGAUGCAAACUAACCUCCCUAACAUUUAACUUUGCUUGUUAUCCACAUUUUAAUUUGGAAACAGCAGCUAAAACUUAGUACUUAGCUAAUGGCUCCGUUUUUGCUGUUGAGUUUAUUCUGACUCUGAUUAUUCUUGAUUUGCGUUCUUCGCUGUCAGUGACAAAAUGACCUUGUGCAAAAUUUGAAGGUGUAUUUGCGGCACAAAGAAAAAAUGUCAGUCAUUUUCAGGAAUGUAAAGUGUUUGAAAACUUCAUCGGCGGUAGAACCACAAUACUGACCACAAAGAAAACCUUUUUUCUUUGUGGUCGACAAAUCAUGCAAAUUCUGAAGUGAUCUCAUUCGUUUACGUGACUUUGGUUUGUUUUUCGCUCGGCCUCGGUGAGAGUCAGUUGGAAGCAGCAGUUCAGUCUGGAUGUUAGCGUUAUGGUAGGAGUGGGAACCUUUAAAACAAAAAAAAACAAAACAAAGUAAUUAAAAAAAAAAAAUUAAAAAAAAGUAUGGUGCCUUCAUUUGAAGUCGUCUCGUGACUGUAUGGUGAAAUUUGCACACUUUGUAUGACUAUCACUGCUCUUACUAUGUUGUGAAAUGUUGAAUAUUUUUGGAUGUCUUAUUUUGACCUCCCCCACCCCUCGAAAAACGAACAUGAUAUUUGUGUGACGUGGUCCUUGCUAUAAUAUUUGCUGGUGAUUAGUGUACAGUAUACUGGUGUUUUACUAAUGCAGCUGGUGAGACUGAAGGAGACGAUAUAAAUCCUCCCGUGGAUGUUUUAAAGCUCACUCACGGCACCGUAGUAGUGGACAGAAGUGUCGACAGAGUCGUCAUAUCAAACUGAAUAGGUUUUCUAAUUCGUUCUCUCAGGUGAUUCCUCAGUGGCCCAGAAUGUUCUCAAUGAAUAUGAUGUUCAGAAAUGUGAAGCAAAGUAUUUCUCAUGUCAUGUUUCCUAAAUCAGAUUUAAUUUGUACUGUUGAAAUAUUAAAGAAAACCAUGUACCCAA